UCUCUAGAGGAAGAGUGAGGCAGAAAGAUUGAGCCACAGAGAGAGAGACAUACACACACACAGCUCAGGGAGAGAGAGAGACACACACACACACACACACACACACACAGCUCAGGGAGGGAGAGAGAGAGAGACACACACACAGCACAGGGAGAGAGAGACACACACACACAGCCGGAGAGCGAUACGGAGCAGUGAGAGAGAGCGAGAGCGUCUAAGGCAGGAGUCGCUACAGAGGUGCUCAGACUACAGCGCUGAGCGGAGAGUGCACACCACAGUCGACAGCGCUCUAGGAUUGAACCCACGCACACACACACACACACACUCGCGUGCACACCAGCGACACGCACACACACACAGUUCCCCUGGGAGUACAUGAGGCAUGCCCAGGCGGCGGUCUCCGGACUCAGUGACAGAGCGAGCGGGGGGCCGGCGAGGAGACUCUCAGCCCCAUGCGUGAGCAGCCAUGGAGGGAAGCAUGUUCUUCGGUAGCGCGUGUCAGAGCGGUCUCCUGCCAGCGCUGAUGCGACCCUCCCACCCCAUGAUCCAGCCCUCGCUGGGGGGCCUCAAGCAGUUCCUCCCCUUUCCCAUGAGCUCCGCCUCCGCCGCCGCCAGCCUCUUCCCUGGCUUCAGCACGAUGGACCCGGUGCAGAAGGCUGUGUUGCAUCAUACCCUGGGGGUGGUGCCCACGGUCAAGAGGAAGCAUGUGUCUUGCAGUGUGUGCCAGCUGAGGUUCAACUCCCAGAGCCAGGCCUUGGCCCAUUACAAGGGUACCAAACAUGCCAAGAAGCUAAAAGCCCACGGCACUCCAAAGACCAGGCUAAAAGGCUCAGCGGUCGCCAAGGAAACCGCAAAGCAAGAAAACGCCAAGGGCAUCAACACGUCGCAAAGCCCCAAUGACGCCGAACGGAAAGAGGGCGUCGCCCCCACAGCUCCUCUGCCGCUCUCGCCCGUGUUGAGACUGGCCCCGCCCCUCGCCAUGCUCACCGCCACGCCCACGCCGACCUUCACCCUGGCGAUGCGCGCCCUCGACGCCCCUCCCCCCAUGGCGCCGGACCCCGAGAGCGACUCAGUGGAAGGAGAUGGAGGAGGAGAAGGAGGAGGUGAGGAGGAGGAAGGUGCGUCGAAGCCUGGCUCGCCGGCGACCACGGAGACGGACACUCCGGUCCUGCCCGAGGAUGGAGGAGGAGGAGGAGGAGGAGGAGGCGGCGGAGGAGGCGGCGGCGUAGAGGCUGAGGGGGAAGUGGGCGGGGAGACGGAGGAGGAGAAGGCCAAGCGUCUCCUCUACUGCUCCCUCUGCAAGGUCGCCGUCAACUCCUCGUCCCAGCUGGAUGCCCACAACAUGGGUACGAAACACAAGACCAUGGUGGAGGCGCGGACGGGGGGAGGGUCCAUUAAGUCCUACCCCCGGACCGGGGUCAAGGGCAAGCUGGCCGCCGCUGCCCCACCCACCAAGUCGGCCACGGGCCUUCAGAACAAGACGUUUCACUGUGAAACAUGCGACGUGCACGUCAACUCGGAGACGCAACUCAAGCAGCACAUCAGCAGCCGCCGCCACAAAGACCGGGCCGCGGGGAAACCGGCCAAGCCCAAAUACAGCCCCUACAGCAAGCCUGCCAAGGGCCUCGCCAAGCCCCCAGUGACGCUGUCGGUGGGGAAGGACCUCGGCCCGCCCCUUCCCGCCCAGAUCAUGCCCGCCCACCUGGCCGCCGUCGCCGCCGCCGCCGCCGCCGCCAUGGGCAACCCCUUCUCCCUGCGCCACGUCCACCCCACCAGCCACGUCCACCACCACCUCCCCACGGGCCACGCCCACACCCACCUCACCACAGGCCACGCCCACCACCUCCCCUCCAGACCCGCCCUCUUCCAGACCCAGAGUCUCCCAGCCGCUCUGCUACGCCCCGCCCCCGGCCCAGUCAGGACAUCCCACCCGCAGAUGCUGUUUGCCCCUUACUGACCCCCCACCCUCUGCCCCCCCUACUGGGCCCAGACUUCUUCUUCUAUGCAUCGCCUCUGACCGCCAACCAACACAGAGGCUAGGGGAGCGGUGGGGCCGUGGUAGGAAACUGACAGUCCUCACUACAGUACCGCCCACAUAUGGAGUAUGGUCAUGCAUUUCAACUGAGGGGGGGGGGAGACCUGGAGACCCCUACCCUACUUCUUCAGGCCAUUGAUGUUGAACUUGAACCCCCCCCACCCCCACACCCAAGACAGGACCUCCGUUCUGCAAUAAUGUCAAAUACUAAACUAUGUGUGAACUAUGCAGUGUCGUCGAUUUGCACCGCAGAGGAGCAGUUUAAGCUAUAAUUGUAUGUGUGUGUGUGUGUGUGUGUGUGUGUGUGUGUGUGUGUGUGUGUGUGUGUGUGUGUGUGUGUGUGUGUGUGUGUGUGUGUGUGGGAGAUCGGCUACAGUAGGUUUAAUUUGUUAAUACAUGCAGGUGCAGCGCUAAGAUGAGUAACUUAGGGUUAUCAGAGGAAGCCGCCGCGCGUUUCUUCACGGUCACAACGCGUGAGAAAGGACCCUGCUUCUAGUGAUUUGCACUUUAAGCCCCGCCUCCGUGGUUUUCUAGAUGGCUAGCCUUUGUCUUGUGGUUAGAGUAGCUACUGUUAUCUCUCUUGCAUAAUGUGCCAUUUGGUGUGUGUGUUUGUGUUCCCAUCACUGCUUAAAAGUGUGCGUUGAUGUGUGUGUGUGUGUGUGUGUAUGUAAAUGUGUGGCCGUGUGCAAGGUACUCUGUGUGUGUGUACACGCCAGUAUUUACUUGUUUUUGGGUCCAUGCGGUUGAGUGUAUAUGCACUUGCCUGAGUGCGAGUGUAAGUGUGUGUGUGUGUGCGUUAAUGUGUAUGUGUCGGUGUGUGUGAAUAAGAGUUAAAAUGUCUCUGUAUGUGUGUGUGUCUUUACGUGUGCACAUACCCAGUCCCUGUGCGCCUUAAGUGAACCUGCCGUUCAUCCCAGCUGACAGAGCGAGCGUUCGCUGAUGACUCCGGACCCCCGGGACCACAAGGUGUGUGUAUAUUCAUGUCGAUGUGUUAAAGGUGAACAAUUUCAAAUAAAAGUCCUACUUCAA